UGCCAGCCAAGGGGCAGGAUCAGCCGUGGCAGUACGUCCGCCUCCUCCCGCUGCUCGCGAGGAGCCCAGACGCGGGGAUGCGGCCCCGGCGGCCUCACCUCUCUGCUGCCUUCCCCUCUUGCAGGACGGACCCCGCUGCACGGAUGCGUGAAGGUUGCGUGUGUGUCACUAUGUCUUAACUCAAGGCUGCUUCAUCUGUGAUACAGAAGGGAUAUUUUUGACGUGAAACUGGAAGAUUGUUUUCAUCAAAAGACCUGUCAACAUGUUGUGUUGGGGAAAUGCAUCCUUUGGACAACUUGGAUUGGGUGGAAUUGAUGAAGAGAUUGUUUUAGAACCCAGAAAAAGUGACUUUUUCCUAAAUAAAAAAGUGAGAGAUGUAGGAUGUGGACUCAGGCAUACUGUUUUUGUCCUGGACGAUGGGACUGUUUAUACAUGUGGUUGUAAUGAUCUAGGACAACUAGGACAUGAAAAAGCCAGAAAGAGACCAGAGCACGUUGGUGCCCUUGAUGCCCAAAAUAUUGUAUCUGUUUCAUGUGGAGAAGCCCAUACGCUAGCAUUAAAUGACAAAGGCCAAGUAUAUGCUUGGGGUCUAGCUACUGAGGGACAGCUUGGCUUGCCUGGAACAGAAGAAUGUAUUAGAGUACCCAGAAAUAUCAAAAGUUUAUCAGAGAUACAAAUAGUACAAGUAGCUUGUGGUUACUGUCAUUCACUUGCACUUUCAAAAGGAAGUGAAGUUUUUUCCUGGGGACAGAAUAAAUAUGGUCAACUAGGUUUAGGUUAUGAAUUUAAAAAGCAGACUUCACCACAGUUGAUUAAAUCUUUAUUGGGAAUCCCUUUUGCACAAAUUGCAGCAGGUGGAGCACAUAGUUUUGUACUAACUCUUUCUGGAGCCAUUUUUGGAUGGGGACGCAACAAAUUUGGUCAACUAGGUCUUAAUGAUGAAAAUGACAGGUAUGUUCCUACUCUGUUGAAAUCACUAAGAUCUCAGAAAAUUGUUCAUAUCUGUUGUGGGGAAGAUCACACUGCUGCUCUUACAAAGGAAGGUGGGGUUUUUACAUUUGGAGCUGGAGGCUAUGGUCAGUUGGGUCAUAACUCUACCAGCCAUGAGAUAAACCCAAGAAAAGUUUUUGAACUUAUGGGAAGUAUAGUCACGCAAAUUGCCUGUGGAAGGCAGCACACAGCUGCAUUUGUUCCUUCAUCUGGAAGAAUUUAUUCUUUUGGUCUUGGAGGUAAUGGCCAAUUAGGCACAGGAACAACUAGUAAUAGGAAAAGUCCUUUUACAGUAAAAGGAAACUGGCUUUCUUAUAGUGAAGCCAGCAAUCCACCAACCACAGACAAUGAACAAUAUUAUUGUGUAAAACGAAUUUUCUCUGGUGGAGACCAAAGUUUUGCUCAUUACUUUAAUCCACAGAACAUGGUGUUACCAGAUGAUUUCAGAUAUCCUGACUCUUCAAAACAGAUAUGGAAUGUGAAUGAAGCAUUUAUUCAGAGAUUGCUAACUUGUUCAUCUGGAAGGCUUCCUGUUGAGAUAGCCAAUGAAAUAGAUGGAACGUUUUCCUCAGCUGGCUGCCUAAAUGGAAGUUUUUUAGCUGUCAGCAAUGAUGAUCACUACAGAACUAGUACUAGAUUUUCAGGGGUUGAUAUGAAUGCUGCCAGACUGCUGUUUCACAAACUUAUACAGCCUGAUCAUCCUCAUAUAUCACAACAGGUGGCAGCUAGUUUGGAAAAGAAUCUUAUUCCUAAAUUGACAAGCUCCUUACCUGAUGUUGAAGCCCUGAGGCUGUACCUCACCUUACCAGAAUGUCCAUUGAUGAGUGACGUGAACAAUUUCACAACAUUAGCUCUUCCUUUUGGAGCAGCUGUUAUAAAUCUAGAAAAAGCUCCACUGAAAGUACUUGAAAAUUGGUGGUCUGUACUUGAACCUCCAUUGUUUCUCAAGAUAGUGGAACUUUACAAGGAUGUUGUGGUUCACCUCUUGAAACUGUACAAGAUUGGAAUCCCCACUUCUGAAAGAAGAAUCUUUAGCAGUUUUCUACACACUGCUUUCAAAGUUCUGGAAAUAUUACAUAAGCACCGGCAGCACCUGUGUCAUGGCACCCCCGAAAAUGUCUUGCCGUCACUGUGGCUGAGAACCAGUGUGCUAGACGUCCAGAAUCGGUCCAGUCCAGAAGACAUUUUACAUCCUCAGGUAAAUGAGAGAGGACAAAUUAUACAGUAUGAUAAAUUCUACAUUCAUGAAAUUGAAGAUUUGAUUGACAUCAGAAAUGACUAUAUCAACUGGGUCCAGCAUCAGGCAUAUGGAAUGCUAGCAGAGAUUCCAGUUACAAUUUGCACAUACCCCUUUGUGUUUGAUGCACAGGCAAAAACGACACUCUUACAAACAGAUGCAGUCUUACAGAUGCAGAUGGCUGUUGAUCAGGCUCACAGACAGAAUUUCUCAUCUCUUUUUCUCCCAGUAUAUGAAUCUGUCAAUCCAUGUCUAAUAUUAAUGGUACGCAGAGACAAUAUUGUAGGAGAUGCUGUGGAAGUCCUUAGGAAAACGAAGAAUCUAGAUUACAAGAAACCACUCAAGGUUAUUUUUGUAGGAGAAGAAGCUGUUGAUGCAGGAGGCGUUCGCAAAGAAUUUUUUUUGCUCAUCAUGAGAGAGUUACUAGAUCCCAAGUAUGGAAUGUUCAGGUAUUAUGAAGAGUCCAGGCUGAUCUGGUUCUCUGAUAAGACAUUUGAAGACAGUGACUUGUUCCACUUGAUUGGUGUUGUUUGUGGGCUAGCAAUAUAUAACUUUACCAUUAUAGACCUUCAUUUCCCUUUGGCUUUGUACAAGAAGCUAUUGAAUAAGAAGCCUUCUCUGGAUGAUUUAAAAGAGUUAAUGCCUGAUGUUGGCAGGAGUAUGCAGCAGUUACUGGACUAUCCAGAGGAUGACAUAGAAGAAACAUUUUGUCUCAACUUUACAAUCACCGUGGAAAAUUUUGGAACAACAGAAAUUAAAGAGCUUGUUCCGAAUGGUGCUGACAUUCCUGUAGUCAAACAAAAUAGACAGGAAUUUGUUGAUUCCUAUGUGGAUUACAUCUUCAAUAAAUCAGUGGCUUCCUUGUUUAAUGCAUUCCAUUCAGGCUUCCACAAGGUUUGUGGAGGAAAGGUUCUACAGCUCUUUCAGCCCAGUGAGCUUCAGGCAAUGGUGAUUGGGAAUACAAAUUAUGAUUGGAAGGAACUGGAAAAGAAUACGGAGUAUAAAGGAGAAUAUUGGGCAGACCAUCCUACAGUUAAACUAUUUUGGGAAGUUUUUCAUGAGCUAUCCCUGGAAAAGAAAAAACAGUUUUUGUAAGAAGACCACAGUGGAUACCUCCCUCUGGAAAGGUAGGAGCUUUUCAAAUUUAUCUUCAGUUUUAGGAAAAAUAGUAAUCCGUGAGAGAUCUCUACUGUGUGGUGCAGUUAAAUCUUAAUUUACCUGGGAUAGAAUAAUUUUGUCUGUCUUUUUCUUUUUUAAAUGAAAUCCACUAUACACCAAAGAUAAAAGCAAGAGUUGCAUACUUUAGAUAAAUAUAGAAUUAAAUGCAGCAUUUCUUAAUGUGGGAGUUCAUGAUGGACCAGCUUGUAAUAAGCACCACAGGAUGGGCAGCGAUGACUGCCUUUGUGCAUGCAGAACCAAAUAAUAGCAGAGUUGUCUUUUAAAUAGGUGAGGAAGAAGAGAAGCACAAUUUAAUUUUUCAUCCUCCCCUCAUUCCAUUUUGAUUUUAAUGGCAGUUCCUAGUAAUCAGUUUUGGACACAUCUACACAACAUGUUUACCGCAGUUGCCUCAUUAGCUCUGCAGUAAAAGUCUCUGCAUCUACACGUGCAGGUCUAUUAGGCUGGAGUAAGCUAAUAAACUCUGCAGUACUACCUUGCUGCAGAGCUUUUUUGUGUGCAGCAGUGCAUGUGUAGACGCUGAUGCAGCUGCUGGGGCACUGCCUGCUGGCUACCCCUUCACUAGAGCACCCUUGUGCCCCAGCCAGGCCCUCCCAAGUUGACCCAGGUUUGUGCAUCCGAGGGCUGGCAGGCUGACCCUCUGGGCCUCGUACCAGGUGGGGCUGCUCAGAUCUCGCUCAGUGUGCUGCAGUCUUGGGCACACAUGUAAACAUACCCUCUACAAUUAAAUAUUGCUUUGCAUUAAUAUGCACAUGUAGAUGCACUCUGUGUUGUGCUAGACAAAGAAACUGACCGUGACUGACUGACUUGAGGCAAAUGAGCAUUGUGAUCAGUCUUAAGGGGAAAAAAAAUAUUUCAAGGAAAUCUUAUGUAGAUGUUUAAUCAUUUGUUCUUUUUGCCAAAUUUUAAAUAGUACAACUAUAGCCCAGAGUGGCUUGCUGAAAUUUCUGUUAUUUUACUGGGAGCUACUAAGGAGACAGGGAAAGCAACUUAACAGCCAUAUUUUCUCUAAACUUGGUUUCAGUAACAGCCCUCAUAAUUGAACUCCUACAAAUUAUGGCUAAUUAUUGGUCUACUGUGGUUUUGAUCUACUGUCAUGUAAAUUUCAAUGAUUCAGUAAACAGACAUGCUUGAAUGCACAGAGAAAGAUCUGUUGAACAUGACAUCCAUUUUUACAUAAUCAGUUUUUGGAGCAGAACUAUUUUGAAAUAUUGAUAUAGGUAUAAAAAUUCUGGACAGUGUAUGACAUGAAAAGAUAUAAUCAGUAUUUUAUGCAAAGUCAUUUUGAUACUUACAGAUACAACCCACAAGCCUCUUGUUGUUGAUGAAUGAACAAUAUGAAGAUCUUCUCUAGUUCCUGCAUACCUCUUGGGUUUGAACAUGUUUUAUGGAUCCUUUAGAAGAGAAUAAAAUGGAACGGGUAUUAAACAGUAACACUAACUAGAAUUAUGAUCAAAGAACUUAUUGUAGCUCUGCAUGUGUUCAUGGCAAAUGUUAAUUUACUUGUGCAACUAUGUUCUAACUAAUGUUAUGCCAGUUCCCAAAAAUCGCACGCACAUCCUGCCAUGCCACACAUGGAUGACAGACGCAUAGUUUUUGGGAUCUGUCUUAACAUUAGUUGGUUCCCAAUUGCACAAAAACUACUGGAGUUCUUAAAGCUUCCCAGGCACUGGGACUUCUAAAGGGAAGUGUGUCUGCAGCAAAGCUGCAGCUGUGGUUUAGAGGUCCCCAGACCUAGGGACAAAGAAGGGACCGAGUGCUGCUCCAGGCUCAACAGCUUAGCUGCAGCCAUGCUCUCUAGAAGUCCCUGAAUACUGGCAUCAGGAGACAAGGGAACUUCUUCCUGGUGUCUGUGUCUGGGCACCCAGGGUAGUUUUUAAAGUGUAGCUUGCAGUGCUUCUUUAAAAAUCUCUUGGUACUGGGAUGCACAGUGUGGGACACAGGCAGCUGGGAGCAAACGUUAUUCCAUUGGAUGUUGAUUUGUUAAGUGGGAAAGGGUUAAUACAUGCAAGUCAUUGGGCAGCAUGUUUUCUCCUCCAAGAGUCCUUUCAGAAUUUCUAGUAAGAGUGGCAGCUUUUUUAUGUGCCACCGAAAGUAUUAGUUGAACUUGUGAUGUCAUUUCAACUGCCUAAAGCACAGAAAUGCUUGCACUGUUUAUAGUGUUUUUUUAUGAAGACACAUUAGUAUCUAAGGCUAGGGAGAAAAGUUGCACAUAAACGGGUUUGAGUGAUCAGGAACUGGUUUAAACCUAUAACAGAACAGAAGUUCAGUACACAUAAACCAGUUUCAAAAUGGCUGAAACUGGUUUAAGAUAAACCUGGUUGGAUGUAAUAUCGGACUUAACUGAUUUAGGUCAAACUGGUUUAUGACACUUCUGUCCCAGAUCCCCUCCUGGUUCAAGUUCAAUCAGAGCUCAAAGUUCAAAGUUUUCAGUCCUGGGCUGGGCUAUGCUGUCUGCUCCAGAGAGCAGGGCUGGCCCCGCCCCUCUGCUCCCUAGCUGGAGCAGUUGGGGCUGGCUCACUGACUGCCCCCCCACCCCAAG